ACGUGGCACGGAAAGCGAGAAUGAUGGCUCUAUUUGCAGUGAUGGAUGCGAUCUCAGACUCGGCGGAGUCGGCGUCGAGACGACAGAGUGGCAACAAGAAGCAGCCGGCUGAUACCUUCGUACCUGCAGUUCUGGACCUGGUGCUAACGACGGAGGAAGACGCGGAGACGGGGGGAUACCACAGCUCCGAGGACGAGCUGGAGGACAUCAACGCGUCGGCGGCGAAGCGGAAGCUGUCGCUCGCGGCGGACGAGGAGGACGACUCCGACGAGGAGCUGCUGUGCCCCGUCGAGUUCCGCUCCUCGCCGCCCGAGGACGCGUACCGGCCUUGGCGGUGGCAUCUCCCGCCCUAUAAACUCUUCGUGCUCUCCUCGGAGGGGGGGAGCGGGGAGAGUAGGGUCGGUCGGGGCGGGUCCGGCCCCGGUCAUCAGGGAACCCGGGGCUCGUCCAACCCCGGGUCUCAUCACUCCAGUCAUCGGCCCAGGCCCUGCCUGGAUUUCGACAAGAUGCGCCGGAACGGUCACAGCAGUUGGUCACCGUGGAGGCAUGGGAGCGAACUGACCCUGUCUUGUUCCUGAGAUCUCUUUUUUUUUUCCCGGUUCGUUUUCUCCGUGGCAUCCUGUGUCGCACGCACACGCCCCGAUAUGUAUGGACAUGGUUUUCCACCGUGGAUUUGGAUAUUUGCUCUCUUCUCUUCCUUCCCUGGCUCGUCGGGGAAGCCAAAAUACCUUGACAAGAGUUCACUAGUCCUGCGGAUUUUUUUUUUUUUGUAUAGUACAAAGAGGAGAAGAGAGUUUAUUGGAUUUUUUUUUUCUGUUGCUGUUGUGUAGUCAGUAGCCAGUAGCCGCGCCUGCUUUUGGAAAAAUUUCGUAUCCUUGGAGAUGCGGAAUUUUUGGGGGGAAUUUGGAAAUUUGGAUAAUUUC